ACCCCGGCCUCUACCUCUCCAUCAUUAACCCACCAAAACUUGGCUAUAAACAUUGGCUAGGCCAUGGCUUCCUCUUCUAGCGUACUCUCUCUAGGUCUUACCCUAGGGCUUCUGGUGCUCGUCCACGGCUGCUUCGGACAGAUCCUCGAGCAGCCGUGGCAGUGGCAGGGCCAGGGGCUGCAAGGGGGGCAGCUGCAAUCGCGUCGGCAGCAGAGGCACCCACUCCGUUUCAGGGCUGACUGCCGGCUUGAGAACUUGAACGUUCUCCAACCCUCUCGCACGAUCAAGGCCGAGGCUGGGGUCACUGAGAUCUGGGAUGAGAACGAGAAUGAGUUGAUCUGCGCUGGAGCCACCUUCCUCAGGCAUGUGAUCCGGAGGAACGGGCUAUACCUGCCUGCCUUCACCAAUGCACCAGAGCUCUUUUAUGUCGUGCAAGGGAGGGGUCUACAAGGAGUAGCUAUUCCAGGAUGCCCCGAGACGUACCAGUCUGAUGAAUCACAGUUCCAAGGCCGAGGAAGAGAGAGCCGCGGAGUCAGCGAGAGGGUUUCCGGUGAUAGGCACCAGAAGGUGAGAGAGAUCCGAGAGGGGGACGUCCUUGCUCUGCCGGCCGGCAUCUCGCACUGGAUUUCCAACCAGGGCCAAUCCGACCUCGUGCUAGUAUCCAUCGUCUACACCAGCAGCGAGCAGAACCAGCUCGACGAGAACAUCCGGAAAUUCUUCCUAGCCGGGAACCCGGAACAAGGAUUCUUGGGCGGUAGUCGCCGUGGUGGCCAAAGUACUAGAGGCAGAGGCGGCCAACAGGGGGGGAACUUUGGGAACAUAUUCCAGGGCUUUGACGAUGAGCUGAUAGCAGAGUCAUUCGGGGUUGAGAGUGAGCUCGCCAGGCGGCUGAGGUGCGAGGACGACAGGAGGGGCCACAUUGUGGAGGUCCGGGAGGAGCUCCAGGUCAUACGCCCACGACAAGAGGAGGGUGGACGAUCAGAAGGAUGGGAGGAGAGGGAGAGGGGGAGAGAGAGGGAGAGGGAGAGGGAGAGAUGGUGGAGCCCACGACAAGGUCGCGGCUACAGCCCGAAUGGGUUGGAGGAGACGCUGUGCACAAUGAGGCUGAAGGAGAACAUCGAAAAUCCGGUGCGAGCCGACUUUUACAACCCCCGGGCUGGACGAAUCACAAGCCUCAAUAGCUUCAGCCUCCCCAUCCUCAGCUACCUCCAGCUCUCCGCCGAGAGGGGUGUCCUCUACCGGGAUGCAGUGGUGGCUCCGCAUUUCUACAUGAACAGCCAUGCAAUAAUCUAUGUCACCAGGGGCAACGCACGGAUCCAGAUCGCUGGUGACUUGGGCCGGGCUGUGUUCGAUGGCGAGGUACAGGAGAACCAGGUCCUGGUCGUGCCCCAGAACUUCGUGGUCAUCAAGAAAGCCGGGAGCGAGGGCUUCGAGUGGGUCGCCUUCCGGACCAAUGACAACGCAAUGGUUGUACCGCUUGCCGGGAGGCUGUCGGUGCUCCGGGCCAUGCCGGAGGAUGUGCUGGUGAACUCGUACGGCAUCUCGAGAGAGGAAGCCAGGAGGUUGAAGUACAAUCGAGAGGAGGUGGGCAUAUUUAGCCCGGGGUCGAGGUCGGUACAUGGAAGGAGGGAUUGAGCUAUUAACUAGGAAAAAAUGUUAGGUCAUGUAACUCUUAAUGAUCCAAGAGCUAGCAGAGCUUACGAGUGUAGAGGGAGAAGGGUCAUGAAUUUGGAAUAAUAAAUAAGGUCCUCCUAGGUACGAGGAGUAUAAUGGAAGUGUCUAUGUAAGUGUCCCCUUUUCCUUUUUAUGUGUAGUUUGCACUUUCGGGAAUCAAUGAAUACCUGUUGCAUGAGUCAAAUCA